GUCCCCCGAGGCAGGCGUCCGACCGCCAUCGCCUAUACUCUCGCGCCGAACUCUUAACUCUGACGAACUCAGCCAGCGCCAAGAUGAAGUGUAUAAAAACUGUGCUAAUGACUUUAAUAUGUAUACUUAUAAACGUGAACGCUGCCGAGAUGAGACUCCGCGAAGAAAUGCAGGCCAUGGCAGAACAGUUAGAAAUCCUGAAAACAAACCACCUGACCGAUGUCACCCGCCUGAAGAGAGAAGUAGCAGAACUGAAACAAGAAUGCCAGGCACACACGACCAAUAACCACGAACGCAACGAACAGGCUACUCUGCAGUGGGCUAAGACCUCCAUGCAUGAACUCCGCGUCGAGAUGAAGGAGCUGGGAGAGAGCGUCAACAACUCGGUCCUGCUGCGCCAGCUGCAUAACAUGAGGAACGAACUGAAGCAAGCACUAAUGGAGAACUCCGACUUGGCUCAACUCGCCCGCACCCAGGAGGCCCGUGUGGACAAGAUGGACAACGAACUCAGCCGCAUCAAGUUCGAUGUGACCCAGAUGAGGGGCAUGGUGGCCGAUCUUCGAGGCCAGCUCGGGAAGGUCGUCAAAGAGGUCAGUCAUUUACAGACAAAACUGAACCGAAUGGAAGAGUACAGCAACGAAAGUUACAACGAUGUGCUCGCGGGCCAACAUGGCCCCAUGAGGUCCGACUGCGUGCACAAGCUGCGCCACAACAAAAUGGUACAUUCCCAAAUAUCUCGCCUGGCUCGCGCUCAGAACCAGAUGGAGGUGUUGCAACAGAAUCUCCAGACCCAGAUCCUGGAUGUGGAACGUCGCAUGGACCGUUUCGAAGAGCCCAACUGGAACCUCAUAACCGCUAAAGUGGACUACCUUGAAGUGGAGACCAAGAACAUCCGCACCGACGUGAGCAAGAACACGGAGAAGGUAUCCGACUUCGACAAGAUUCACGCCUCGAUGCUGGAGCUGCGUGAAGACGUUGAGAGCAUUGAGAACAAGGCCGACAAGACCAUCCCCGAAUUCCGCAAAGAGAUCUCCAAGCUUGACGUGAACUUCGCUCAACUGAAUGCCGCGUCUUCCUACCUGAGGGAGGACCAAGAGAACCUGCGCCAAUCGGUGAAGGCGAUCGCUGUGAGCGUGAGCAACGCCAUCGACCGCGCCGAGACUGACCGCGUCCUGAUCAAGACCAUGAAUGAUACCAUCUGCAAGCUCGAGACCAGCUCCAAGCAACAUUUCUACCGCCUGAACGAUCACAUUUUGAAGAGCGAGGCUAACAACGAGAUCAAUGGGACCGAAACGAUCUCUCUUCCGGAGUUAAUGGGUGAGGUGAAGGAACUGCAACCUGUGGAACGUGAGUAUGAAGACCUUGUGAACCAGCUGCCCCGCGACUGCUCCAGCGUGUCCGGCCCCCCCGGCACCUACCUGAUCCAUCCCGGCAACAAGCCCCUCGACACCUGGUGCGCCGACGGCUCCACCCUCCUCCAGCGCCGUUACAACGGCUCCAUCGAGUUCAACAGGAAGUUCGCCGAGUACGUCCACGGAUUUGGAAACCCCGCUUCGGAAUACUGGCUCGGCCUGGAAACCAUGCACCUGCUGACCGCCGACAACUGCACUUCGAUGAGGAUUGACAUGACCGAUAUCUACGGGGGCGUGUGGUAUGCCGAGUAUGACCAAUUCUCCGUCGGCAGCGCUGACUCUGGCUAUGUUUUGAACGUGAGUGGCUUCAAGGGGAAUGCCAGCGACGCUUUUGAGUACCAGAACCACAUGGAAUUCUCUGCCAUCGACCGCGACCGUGACAUCUCUAACACGCACUGCGCCAGCAACUACGAGGGCGGAUGGUGGUUCUCCCACUGCCAGCACGUGAACAUCAACGGCAAGUACACGCUCGGCCUGACUUGGUUCGACUCGGCUCGCAACGAAUGGAUCGCCGUGGCCACCAGCGAGAUGCGCUUGUCUCGCCGGCGUGGCUGCGCCUAAGCGCCUCGCGCGCUAACGCGGUGUCCUACCAGCGUCAGUGACAAACGCUACAGGACGCGACACAACGCGAUAUGACCAACUGACUAGCGUAAUGAAACCAAUAACAUUCCCCGCUCCUGGCGCACAUGCCAUACCGUGACGUCGCGUUUGUCAUAACGUAGGAGACCGCGUUACGCACGACAUAGAAGUCGCAUGGAACUAUCCAAUUUCCUUUUUCAGUUUCGUACUAUUACUUACUCAUAAUUAUUAUACGUUAGUAUAUUUUACAUUUGCUCACUCACAUUUUUGAUCUCACGAUUUCAGUCGAAGUUUUUUUAGAGUGAAUGACUCAACGUUUCAGUUUUGCGAGUUUUGCCGUGCGUCUUGUAUGUUGUGCGCUGACAAAUUUUAAAAUAUUUAAACUGUAGCGCUUAUUAUUGAAGAUAUUAGAUUUUAUUUCUGAAUUAUACCAAAGAUAACUAGUAAUUUUGUUCAUUUGCGGAUAGACGGUUAUUAUUAUAGCAGUAAGUAACAGUAGUUUCAAUUUGAUGUUUAAUGGAUAUUACAUUUAAUCAAUGUGCCCCGUUAUUCAUGAAAAUUUAAAACAGCAUUUCAGCUAAUAACUGCUCGGGUAUUAUCAUCAUCAUGCGAAUAAGUAAAUAUCUACUUAAGUAUUCGAUCUGCAGUGCAAGAGGUCGACCCUCUCUAGUUUACCACACUCGGUGAUGCACUCGAAAUGCUCUUUCACUGUCUGCUAAAUGAAGAUUUCAUGAAUGAGGAAAAGCGAGAAUGCAGUGUUUUACAGUCCGCGCCAGUAGAAGCCGGCAAUCUUGCUAACAAAUAAAGCCGAAUCACAUUAAACCGAACUACCUACUCCGGUUAUUUGCGUGAGCGUAUCUUUGACUGAAGAGUAAUGUAGAGAGUACCGGGACAGUUCAGUCUUUGUUUGCCGAAUGUUCGCUAAUGCUUUUUUUACAAAAUUGCCAGAUUCUAUUGCCGCCGAAGGUAAAGCAGUUUUUAAGUUUUUAUGGAUAAAGGGUUUGUGUUUUAUCGUAUAAUUACAGGAUAUUUAAGAAUCUGAAUGUUGUAGUAGUUCGUAUAAUCAAUGUUUAUUCAAUAUCACGGCUGACAUAUAACUUCAGUGCCGUCUAUCCUAUCCUCUUUCAUUACCUACGUAUAAUUUCAUGAAUUUAAACCUCUUUUUCAACAGUUUUAUAACUUUCUUAUGAUAUUUUGACAAACAAAAUGAUUAUGAUUUGAAAUAUUUUCUCAUUCCCAUCUCACAGGGUGACUGUAUAUUAUUUUUUCUUUUGUGAAUAUUAUUGACUUAGGUUAUAUUUAUUUAUUUCUUGUCUAGCUCUUAGUUCUAUCUUUAACCAAUUAAUUAUUUGUGUUAUUAAUACUCUUACUGUACUAUUUCACACUAAAUAGUUAUAAUAAAGUUUAAUAUAGUAAUAUUAAAUUUUGAUGCAUAUAAUGCGCACGAAGAAAUAGUAAUUAGGUGUAAGUCUUCUAAAAGGUCCGAAUUCACGAAAAUUUGUUAAAUAUCACACAUAAAAAGGUUGUCGGCCAAUAAAAUUUGUUCCAAAGUGGUGUCUCCAGCCAGACCUAGCGCCUGACCUUAAAGGUAGAGUUCUGUGCUACAGUCGCAGCGACAAUAUAACUUACUGACCACUGAAGUGUCGCUUACACGCCAGAGUUUGAUUCUACCACAGAUUCUACUAUGCUAUACUGGUAGAUACAGUCAGCGUCAAAUAGUUCGUGACACCCAAAGUUGUCAAAAAGUUCGCAAUCACACAUCUUUGUUACAAUUGGAAGAAGGUUAUAUCGUCAACUUUUUGGCCCCUUUGGGUGUUACGAAAUACGCACUAUUUGACACUGACAGUACGAGAAAGAUCGCGCGCAACUGCGAUUGGUCACAACUCUUGAAAGUCUACCUAAUUGCUGGUUGCAGACCGAGAGCUAAGCUAAUUGGACUUCGUGACGUAGAAUAGUUGUGUGCAUACAAACUAUGCAAACUUAUAAGUGAUUUAAGUAAAUACACGAAGCUAAGUUCUGUAUAGCUACGAGUUAAGCUAUGCCUACCCCCUCUUGCCUACCCCUCGUCCCGUUUGCACUGACUGAUCUAUAGCUUAGUUUUUGGUGUAAGUUCAAGAAAUUUAUUUCUUGUUCGGUUUACCUCACAAUUUAGCUGUAACAUACUCGUAACUAAGUUUUCAGCCUGCAACCAGCUAAACAUCAUCAUUUAUUUAACAAGUUUUAGUCGAAUCGGACCCUUUUCAAAGUCAUAAUAUGUAAUAAAUAACUCUAGUAUUAAAAUAUACUCAACAUUCCUACAUUUUGUUAAGCCCAGCAGUAAUAAUUUCAAUUAAUUGCACUUAAGACUCAUUAGUGAGUACACACUCAUUGUCUGGUGUUGAGAGAUGUAAUCUAUGAUAUUAGUAGUUCGGAUGCCAUCCUAUGAAUUAGAAGCCUUGAAAGAUUUUAUAUUAAGUUGAAUUUAAUUUAAGUAGUAGUGACCAAAAAUAUAUAAGACUGUUGAAGCCAAUCUAAAAAUAAAUAAGGUAAAAUUAGGAAAAAUAAAAUGGAUGUCAUUUGGUUAACGAUUAGGCCGUCUUGAGCGUUCAACAGGCCUCAACCAGCUCCUGCAGUUUGGUUCUGGUCAAGUAGGGGAGACCGAGGAGAGUUGUAGUAGCAGAGGAGAGUUGUAACAGAGGAGAGUUGUGACAUUGUAGACUUUUUGGAAUCCUAUUCAUUAUCAGCGAGCUCGCAACAGCGCGUAUUUGUUAGCUCGAGACUAGAACUAAAAACCCGCACUGUUACGAGCUCGCUAGUAGUUAAUAUGUUCAAAAAAAUCGUCAAUGUCACAACUCUCUUUUGUUACAACUCAUUUCGGUAUCCCCUAAAUAAUUCAGUCUCCUAGUUAGUGAAGCGUUUUGUUUAUUUGUAAAUAAUAGAUUUAGAGAUUAUACAAAGAAGAGAGUUGGAAUGUUGAAGCGAUGCCCAUCGCGUUGUUAGUACAUACACGAGACAUUGAGUGCUAGGAUAUCCCCAUGUCCUUUAAUUCAAGUCAAAAGACAUUUUAAAAUGUAAAUCUGGCACAUCAGAUUGUUUAAAGUUCUGGAAAAAUAACUUUUUAGUUGCUUGGGAUCCAUUAAAGUUUGUUUACUGCCAAUAAGAUGUUACGUUUGUUAUUGUAAACUGUACUUUGUUGCAAAUGGCUGGAUUAUGUGACACCCGUGACCUUUUUUGUUAAUCUUUAAUCUUUUACUUCUCAUCCAAUGUAAUCGUUAAAGUAACACAUAUUAAUCGCAUUUAUAAGCUGCUAUAUAAAGCUUAAGGACUGUACAUACCAAACCCACCGACGUCGCGCCACUGACGCCCGGUUUACAUUAAGGCGGAGCGGAGCGGAGAGAAGAGGAGAUCAGGAGAUAUGCGGUGGAGGAAAUAACCUGCCAGCUUGACAGGAGGAAUUGUGUGAGCUAUGCGUAGCUGUCAGAUAUCAAUCUAUGCUGUCUAUGAAAGAAAACACAUCUCCGCUCCGCCUUGGUAGAAAUGGGCCCGGGCCUCUGGCUGGGCUGCACCAUCUUACUUUAACUAGAUCAAACGUCAUAUCAAACUCCAUACAAAAACACCAGUUAUGGUUAUAGUCACGGUUAAAAUAGGUGGUGCAACUCAGCAAGUUUUCUAAUUUGAAUGAGAUGUGAAGUCGCCGACUAACCCGCUGACAAAAAAGUUGACGGCUCCUGUCGGUGGGUUUUGUGUAUAGUCUGCAUUAGUAAUAGAUUAAAAGAUGAGAUUUAAAGGACAGACCAUUACCAUGUCACACGGAUUCCGAUCAGCCGGGCUAGGUAGGAUGCGUGCCGUGAUAAAAUGUUAUCGAUGAUUUCAGACGUCUAAAUGUGGCUUAGGCGCCAUUCAUUUAUUACGUAGGUAAGACUAUUUUCGCUAGCUUUUGACAACCUCCCAUUAUAAGAAAAAAUAAGAAUAGGCCGACCCCCCCCCCCCCCCCCUGUUAUAUAUUUAUUACGUAAGAAUCUAAAAGAAAAAAAAUAUAGGUACACGUUUGACGACUAGUAGGUACACAAGCAAGAAUUCCCGGGGGGCGCAGUGCGAGUGGCCGCGCUUUUUCAAAAUAUACCUAAUUGUAACUUUGCGCAUUUUUGUGAUCUUACGUGUAAGAGCUAUCGAGACUCCCUCCCAACCCCUUAUAAGAAAAAAUAAGACAUGGUCGACCCCCUCCCCCCCUAAAUCGUCUUACGUGACAAAUGAAUGGCCCCUUAUCGCGUAAAAUCGAUAAAAUGUUGCGAUACUAUCAGUGAACUUUACUUAUCGUGGCGCGCAUCCUAGGCCUAAAAAAGGCUGAUUUAUACGUAAAGUAGUUAAGUAGGUACUUAAUUAAAUAAAUAUAAAUAAAUAAUUGCAUCGUAACUAAUAAAUUUUAACUUACACCCGUAUUCACAAACGAUGCUUGCUUAAGUGAAGCAGCAAAUUGAACGCACAGCGUUGAAUAGAGCUCUGUUAUUGGUUCGUGUGUCACCCUGUGCGUCCACGCGCACUGUAAGACCGCAUAGUAAUGUUUGUGAAUACGGGCGUUAUUUCCAAAGGUCAAGCUCUUGUUUACUAUGAAACUGCUUGUCAAAACGUGUCAAGUGAAAAGCCCCGCCCACCAACUUGGCAAAAAAAUCAAGUUAAAAUUUAGUUACCUACUUAUCUACUUAUUAGUGUAAAUCAGCCUUAAAGGCCGGUACUACGUCCGCCGCACAACACUGUACCAAUGGGAAACCAAAUAAAUCCACAAAAAAAUA